UUCAUGGAUGUGAAAUGCCCAGGAUGCUGUAAAAUCACCACCAUCUUUAGCCAUGCACAAACAGUAGUUUUGUUUGUUGUUUGCUCCACUGUCAUCUGCCAGCUUACAGGAGGAAAAGCAAGACUUAAAAAAGGAUGCUCCUUAAGCUGGAAGCAGCACUAAAAGCACCCUGAAUCAAGA